AUGAUUAACACAGGGAAGUUGGCUGGUCGCACUAUUUUUAUUACAGGAGCUUCAAGGGGUAUUGGAAAAAGUAUAGCAUUGAAAGCGGCGAAAGAUGGUGCAAAUAUUGUUAUUGCUGCAAAAACUGCCCAACCACAUCCAAAACUACCGGGUACCAUUUAUACAGCAGCUAGCGAAAUUGAAGCGGUUGGUGGUAAAGCUCUACCUUGCAUUGUGGAUGUGCGCGAUGAAGCCCAAGUGAUUAAUGCAGUAGAAAAUGCUGUCGCAAAAUUUGGCGGUAUAGAUAUUGUAGUGAACAAUGCAAGCGCUAUUUCUUUAACGGGCACUCUCACAACCGACAUGAAAAGAUACGAUCUGAUGAAUAAUAUUAAUGCUAGAGGAACUUUUCUUGUAUCAAAAGUUUGUUUACCAUAUCUGAAGAAAAGUGCAAAUCCACACAUAGUUAAUAUAAGUCCGCCACUAAAUAUGAAAGCGAUUUGGUUUAAAAAUCAUGUUGCAUAUACAAUGGCCAAAUAUGGAAUGUCUAUGUGUGUUCUCGGUAUGGCGGAGGAAUUUAAACCUGACGGUAUCGCGGUUAACGCUGUUUGGCCAAAGACAGCUAUAUAUACUGCUGCAAUGGAGAUGUUAUCAGGUUCGGAGUCGAGUGAUAGUUGUCGAAAACCUGAAAUUAUAGCAGAUGCUGUUUACACUUUGCUUUGUAAAGAUAGUAAAUCUAUUACUGGGCAAUUUCUGAUUGAUGAAGACAUAUUAAAAAACGAGGGCGUUGCUGAUUUUACAAAUUAUGCAUGUAAUCCAGCAAACAAGAAUAAUUUAAUGAUGGAUUUCUUUUUGGAUGAUAACAAUAUUUUGGAUUCUCAAGAUAAAAAACAUAAUUCUGAUAAAACGAAUAAUAAUGAAGUGGGAAAAGUGGAACGUAUAUUUAUUGCAAUUAAUGCACAUUUAAGUAACGAACUAGUAAACAGAACUGGUGCAAUAUAUCAAUUUAAUGUAAAAGGGAAAGAAGCUGGGACGUGGUUUUUGGAUUUAAAAAAUGGGAAAGGCGCUACUGGAAAAGGAGAACCAAGUCAACCAGCAGAUGCAACGCUUACAAUGGAUUCAGAAAAUUUCUUUGCCAUGUUCUCAGGUAAACUAAAGCCAACUGCAGCAUUUAUGACAGGCAAGUUAAAUAUUAGUGGAAACCUGCAAAAAGCUAUGAAAUUGGAGAAAUUAAUGGGUAGUUUAAAAGCCAAAUUGUGAAACUGAAAUAUGAUAUAAUGUUGUUGAAGAAUAUCACAUAUUUUAUAUUUUUAUAUAUGAUAAUAGAGAGAGAGAGAGAGAGAGAGCAAGCGAAGAUAUUUCUCUUAAUAAUUAAAAAACAAAUUAAGCCUAAAGAUACAUUUUAUAUACGCACAUCAUAUGUGCAAUUCUUAUCUUCCAUAAAGCUAAGAAAAGCAUAUGUUAACACAAUUGCAUUUUCGACUAAAUUUGUUUGCCCAAUUUUGGCACCAGUAUUUCCUUAAAAAAUUUAAUUGUAAAUCUCGUUCUUUUAAAUGCUCAAUUCUGGAUAUUAAUUUUGACCAACUAUUAAAUUAAAGCCUUAUUAGAAAGUUUUAUGUGAAAUAAAGUUAAAGAUCUUGCUCUUAAGUCAUCAAUAUUUGCUAAAAAUACGUUCAAAAUUCUGCAUAUAAAUUUUAAUGUAAAAACUACUGAUAUUUCAGUAUUUUUUAUAAGGAAAUAUAGUUUCCAAAUUGAGGUUAAUAACAUUGUUCAGACAAAUGCAAAUAAAUAAAAAUUAUAAGUGCAAAUUGCUACAAAUUAAUACUCACUUUAUUAGUAUCAGUAUUUCUGGCUGAAUUGUUUAUGAUUGUUUCUAUGAAACAAAGCAUCUCUUUAUUUCAAAAAAUUUUGUGUAAUACGUAACAAAUAAUCACGAAAACAAAAAAUAUGUAGAUAUAAAAAAUAA